AUGCAAACUCCAAUCAUCCUUUUUCAGGUCUUGGCCUUCCUCCUAUCGAUCUAUGUUAAGGCAGCAUUUGCUAUUAGUUCAACCGACCAGCGCGUUGAACAACUAGCGAGGGUGCCAGAUGGCUGGUCAAAGGGAGGCAGACCGCCGGCAUCGAAGCUCAUCACAUUUCGACUGGCAAUUACUCAGAAUAACGCCGCUGAGUUCGAGCAAAAGGUCAUUGACCUCUCAACACCGGAACACCCGAGCUAUGGUAGACACAUGACACGAGACGAAGUGAAUGACUUCUUGCGUCCAUCACCUGCCAUUUCAGACCAGAUUAUCGCAUGGCUGAGAUCGGAAAAUGUGCCCGCAAGUUCCAUCAAUUCAAAUAUUUAUUGGAUCACGUUCACAGUCCCCGUUUCUCAAGCCGAGCAGAUGUUGAAAACACAAUUUUUCUACUUCCAGCACCAAGCCCAGAACAGCCUCGCAAUUCGGACUCUUGGUUACUCUGUGCCUAGGGUCUUGCAUCCUCACAUUCAGCUAAUUCAACCCACAACUCGAUUCGGUGACUUCAGCUCCCAAAGAAGCUUCCAUUUGCAGCCCAGUCCGGUGACUUCUGAGCAGCUCGCCGCUCAAUGUGACAGGAUUAUCACACCAGAUUGCCUCCGAGAGCUGUAUGAGAUCGAUAACACGACCAGCAGACCCGAUUGGCGGAAUCGAUUGGGAAUAUCUGGUUUUCUGGAACAAUACGCUCGCCAUGAUGAUUUCGAGGAGUUUUUGCGUCAUUACGCACAGAGCCACACGGACGCCAACUACAGUGUCGUCUCCAUCAACGGGGGCCAGGACGAUCAAGACUCUAUUUUUGACAGUGUCGAAGCAAAUCUAGAUGUACAGUACUCCAUUCCACUGGCAGAUGAAGUACUAGCAACCUUCUAUACGACCGGGGGGCGUGGUCCUAUGGUUCCUGAGAUAAACAAUCCAAAUCCUGCUAAUUCGACAAACGAACCUUACCUUGAACAACUUCAUUACUUGUUAGGCCUCCCAGACGGGGAGCUGCCCGCCGUGCUUUCCUCCUCAUAUGGAGAAGAUGAACAGAGCCUUCCACUGUCCUAUUUGAAUGCCACUUGCAGUCUGUUCGCCCAACUGGCCGCUCGAGGUGUUUCCAUCAUUUUCAGUAGCGGAGACUCUGGGCCAGGAGGAUCUUGUGUGAGAAAUGACGGGACAAAUCAAACCAGGUUCCUCCCGGCAUAUCCAGCUUCCUGUCCAUUUGUUACGUCCGUGGGCGGAACAUACGGCAUGAACCCCGAAAAAGCGGUUACCUUCUCCGGUGGUGGAUUUUCAGAGGUGUUCUCUCGUCCCGAAUAUCAAGACCAGUCUGUGACAAACUACUUGGAUCAUCUUGGAAAUCAAUGGCAUGGGCUAUACAAUCGGAAUGGGAGAGGUAUUCCGGAUGUAUCAGCCCAAGCAUCCGAUUUCGUUGUUCGAGACCAUGGCGACUGGUUCUUGGUCGGAGGUACAAGUGCUUCAGCGCCAGUGAUGGCAGGAGUAGUGUCUCGGCUCAAUGCUGCGCGUCUUGCUCAGAAUAAACCUCGAAUGGGCUUUCUAAACCCAUGGCUUUAUAGCCACGGGCAGCCAGGGCUCACGGAUAUUACCCAGGGUGCCUCCCAGGGUUGUAAAUGGACCGACGAUAAUGCUACUCUCCGGGUACGGAAUGCUAGGUGGGAUGCCACCAAAGGGUGGGACCCGGUGACAGGGCUAGGCACGCCUUUGUUCCGCACGCUUGUGAAAUUGGCAUUGUUAGAUGACUAUGUGUAG